AUGAAAAGGCCAGAAUUUAGCCUAGAUUCAUUAAAAACGAAUCGGAAAAAAAAGAAAAAAAAUUCAAAUUAUGAAAAUUUCAGUGCUCACCAUUUUUUAAAAAUCCCUAUUUUUAUUAUAUUAAUAAUAGCAUUUGCUUUAAAUGCUUUUAUAUAUUUACUAAUUCGAUUUUUUAUUUACACUUUUGAAAAUACAUCCUUUUUUAUAGUAACAACAUGUAUAGAUUUACGUAGGUACAUAUCAAACAAAAAGAGAAAAGUUUAUGAAUUUUUUGGAAAAAGAAAAGUAAGCAAAUUAAAAUAUUCAGAUAAAAAUGAAGCUGAAAAUCACUAUAACGAGCUUAAUACAGAUUUUGAAAGUGUUUUAAAAAUAGAAAAUUUAAUGAAAACAUGUAAUAAUUAUUGUGAUUAUAUAAAAUAUGCAUAUCAAAUGGAUGUAUUAACUGGCAAAAUAAUUCAUAUUAAUGAAAAUGAUGAUUAUAUAAAUGCAUAUGAUGUAAAUUUGUUAAAAAAAACGUCAAAAAGUAUAGAAAAUAAUUUAGCAAAUAAUAAUAUAUUACUACUACUUGAAGACAUUAAAAUAGCAACAUCACCAAGAAUUAAAGCUAUCUUUCAAGAAAAAUAUUAUUGUAAAACAUAUUCCACACCUCAUACUAUUGUUACUACUUUUAUAAAUAAUGUUAUGGAUGGUUUAAAUUAUAUUGAAAAUUAUGUAAAAAAACAUAAAGAAGAAAAUGAGGAUUAUUUAUAUUCUGAUGAGUAUUUAAUCAUUAAAAAUAAUUUUAAAGAUAUAUUUAGACAAUGGGGUAAUACUGCUUUAUUUUUAAGUGGGGGUGCAAUCUUAGGAUUACAUCAUUUUGGAGUUUUAGAAGUUUUUUUGAAAUCAUCCAUAAAUAUAGACUAUUUUAAUGAAUAUACUAAUGCAAAUUUAAAAAAUAAAAAAGAGGAAAAUGUAGAAGAAAGUCAAGACAAUGAAGAAAAUUUUACAAGCAAUAAAUCUGAUACAUUUUCAGAACAAAGUAAUACUACUAUAUAUAGAGAUACCUACGAUUUAAAUGAAAAUGAUAAAAAAAAAAAAAAAUUAAAUACAAAUAAACUUUUAAAAAUAAAAAAUUUCCUUUUAAAUAGUAUAAGUUAUGACGAUCAAGAACUUGAACAGUAUGAACAAUUUGAUUAUGAUUCAUGUGAUUGUAGUGAUUCAGAUGAUAGUAUAUUAAGUAAUAAUACAAAGGAGGAAUCUUCCAAUGAUCGUAUAAACAGUUUUAUAAGUUCUAGUAGUUAUACAGACAAAUGUGGGAUACAUCUUAAAAAUAAUUAUAAAUAUAUUAAAAGUCAAAGUGAAGUAAAUAUUAAGCAACGAAAUAGUGCAAAUACAAAAUAUUCGCAAAACAGUGCAAGCAUGAAUUGUUCAAAAAAUAGUACAACCAUGAACAGUAGUAAUAAUAAAUCUAAACGCUAUUUGAUCGAUCAAAAUAGCUUUAUAGAUAAUUAUGAUGAUAAUAUGUUACCUCAAAUAAUAUGUGGAACAUCUGCGGGUAGUAUAAUUGCUGCAUGGAUUUGUUCAAGAACAAAUAAAGAAAUACUUGAAGAAUUUAAUAUCGAAUUUAUUUAUAAAAUAGUCUCAUGUUUUUCUUCAGAGAAAUUAUUUUAUUCUUUUUUUAAUAUUUUUAAAAAAGGAAACUUUUAUGAUAUGGAUAAAAUAAUUAAAUUAGUUUAUGAUUUAUAUGGUGAUAUGACAUUUUUAGAAGCUUUUAUAAAAACAAAUUUAGUAUUAAAUAUUACUGUAACUAGAGCUGAAUCAGGAAAUGAUAUUUUUACUUGUGAUGAAGAUGGCUGUUUAGUAUUAAAUUAUAUGAACUCACCAAAUGUUUUAAUUUAUACUGCUGUUUUGGCUAGCUGCUCUUUUCCUUACCUAUUACAGCCAUUUAAAUUGUUAGAAAAAAAAUAUAUUAAAGAAAAUGUAUAUAAAUUUAUAUCAAUUAAACAAGUAUAUAAUUUAAAAUAUAUAUUAAAUAGUAACAGUGCAUAUAAUAAAAAAAUAUCGAUCAAAGGAAGCCAAGAAAGUCAUGAUAUUCUGGGUAGUAAUAAAUCAGAUAAUGAUGGUGAGCUUGUAAAUAACAAUGAAAAUGGGGAAGUAGAUAAAACAGAUACAUAUAAUAAUAAAGGUACUAAUGAUAUGGAAAAUAAUAUCAGUAAAAACAACCAAGAUUGUUAUAAUAAUUUAUAUUAUAAAGAAAAUUCAAAUGCCAAUAUAAAAGUGAAUGAUGAGACAGUCUUAACAGCUAAUAAUACAUAUAUGGGAAAUAAAGAAAAUCCAAAUUUAAAAAAAAGAAAUGUAAAAAAAAUCGAUUCUUUAGAAAGUAAUGUAACAAAUGGUGGAGCAUCAGCUUUUAGUUCUACUACAGAGAUGAGGAAAUUAUCCGAUGAUCAAAAAGAGCAUGAAUCAGGCAUAAAUCCUGAGCAUGCAGAAAAAGAUGAAAAUGGCAAAGAUAAAAAUGAUGAUGAAUGGUCAAAUUCGCAAGAAAAAGAUACUUUAAGAUAUAAGUUUAAUAAUAUCCGUAAUAAAAUGAUGCUGCUGAGGCCAGCAAGUUUAAAUAUAAGUAAAAAUGAAAAAAAUGGAAAAUUAAAAAAAUGUAAUAGUGAAGUAAUUGAUGUUAAUGAAGAUAAAAAUGUCGAUCUAUUAAAUGAAGAAUAUACAAUAAUAAAUAGUGUGCAAUUUAAAAAUAUGUAUUUUCAUGAUGGAUCAUUAAAAAGUGAUAUACCAGCUAGAAAUUUAAAUCAAAUUUUAUCAGUUAAAUAUAAAAUUGUAUCACAAGUAAAUCCACAUAUUUUUCCUUUUACGGGAGUUAGAGUACAUGGCGAGGCUGGGAAACCAGUUAAAUGGAGAGGAAGUUCGGGUCGCUGGAGAGCUGGAUUUUUAAUGUCAUCGAUGGAAAUAUUAUUUAAAGAAAAUGUCAGAUAUAUACUAAGGUUAAUGGCCUUGUUAGACAUAUCACCAACAAUUAGGGGUUUAAAUGCAGGAUCUAUAGCAAUGCAGAGAUACCAUGGUGAUAUAACAUUACACCCCAAUCGGCUAUUUUUAAAACAUUUUAAAUUGAUAAGUGUGUCGAGCUAUGAUGAUGUAGAAUGGUAUAUACAGGAAGGAAGACAAAUGACUUUUCAAAAAUUACCUUUAAUUAUGAACAGAAUGAAAAUUGAAAAGAAAUUGAUACAAGUGAAAAAAUGUUUUUUUUAG